UCCCAAACCCCGCUAAUGUAACUGCAUCGACUCUCCAUCUCCGGCAACGCUUCCUCUCCUUCCAACGCCCUCGCCCUCGUCAUCUCCGACUCCGGCAUGGUUGGCCACCAUCACCAGACCAAGCCUUCACUUUCCUACUCUUUUACUUCUACAUGUUCCUCAUCACCAAGGUCGCUUUCCCCACCACCAUUUACCCCACUUCCACACUACUCCUUUCCUCCAACCACAAACCGCCUCCUGACCCAGACCCACUACGUAUCCAACAACCCGGAUACAAUGCUGACUUUUGGGUUGACUGUGUUCUACGGUUCAAUACGACGACUAUUCUGAUUGACUUUUGGGUUUUCUUUCUUCUUUUAGUUCAAGCACUUGGGCACCUUCCUUCUCAUCGGCACUUUCUUUCUCUUUUCUUUCAAUUUGACAGUUUUCUUUUUCAGCGUUGAUUAACCCUUUUGCAUCAACAAUUAUACCAAAGGUUGAAGGAUGAAUUCAGCUCUCCAGAAUUACAAUUGAGCAGCAAAAUACAAGGGUACACUCAGUCUAAUGGAUGAAAGUCAAGGACUUAGUAGCCAAUCAGACGAAAGCUUUCAACACAGAAGACAACAGAUAGAGCCUAUUUAUAAUGCAUUCAUAUGUCGUUUUACAAAACAAAUCAUGAGAGAUCCUGUAACCUUGGAAAAUGGGCAAACUUUUGAGCGUGAGUCUAUUGAAAAUUGGUUCAAUGGAUGCAAAGAGAACAACAAAAAACUGGUUUGCCCCUUAACAUAUAAAGAACUAAAAACAAUUGCUAUGAUUCCAAAUAUUGCUUUGAGGAACACAAUUGAAGAAUGGAAAGCCAGGAAUGAAGCUGUUCAGCUUGACAUGACACGCAAGCUGUUAAAUGUUGGUUGUCCCGAGACUGAUAUUUUGCAGGCUUUGGAGUUUCUUCAACACCUUUGCCAAAAAAAUAUUUCAAAUAAGCAUAUAAUCAGUAAUGUUGAUUUAAUACCAAUGAUUGUAGACAUGUUGAGGAGUAGCAACUGCAGAGUGAGGUGUAGAGCUUUAGAGACUCUGCGUAUUGUGGUGGAGGAUGAUGAAGAUAAUAAGGAAAUAAUGGUGGGAGGGGAUAAUGUGAACACAAUAGUGAAGUUAUUGUCUGAUGAACAACCGAAAGUAAGAGAGGAAGCUAUCUCCUUGCUCUUUGAGCUCUCGAAAUCCGAGGCUAUGUGUGAAAAAAUCGGGUCUGUUAAUGGAGCAAUCCUGAUAUUAAUUGGAAUGACAAGUUGUAAAUCUGAAAAUGUGUCGACUGUUGAGAAGGCGGAUAAAAUUCUUGGAAAUUUGGAGAAUAAUGAGAAUAAUGCGAGGCAAAUGGCUGAAAAUGGUAGAUUGCAACCUCUUUUGACACUUCUCAUUGAAGGUUCUCCAGAAAUCAAAGUGUCCAUGGCUUCAUACCUUGCUGAACUGGCUUUGAGUGAUGAUGUAAAAAUCUUUGUGGCUAGGACCGUGGGUUCAUCAUUGAUCGACCUCUUGAAAAGUGAUAAUAUGCAGUCUAGAGUAGCAGCACUCAUUGCUCUAAAUCAAAUCUCAUCUUGUGAGUCAAGUGCGAAGAUCUUGGUUGACCAAGGCAUACUUUCGCCUCUUAUCAAAGGUCUUUUUUCAGGCUCAAAGCAGCUCCCUAUGCAAUUCAAAGAAAUCUCUGCUACAAUACUUGCAAACAUAGCAAGCUCCGACUGUGACUUUGACUCUAUCCCAGUGGGUCCCAACCACCAGACCCUUGUGUCUGAAGACAUACUUCACAACUAUCUUCAUUUGAUCAACAACACUGGACCAGCAAUGGAAUGCAAGCUUCUACAUGUUCUUGUUGGACUCACUAGCUCCCCCGUUACUAAAGCUGGCGUUGUGUCAGCAAUUAAAAGCUCGGGUGCUAUUAACAGUUUGGUUACGUUUAUUGAAGCCCCACAGCAAGAUCUCCGCAUCACUUCAAUAAAACUUCUCCAGAAUCUUUCUCCAAACAUGGGUCAAGAACUAGCUACUUCUUUACGCAUGAUGCCCGGUCUUCUCAGUAGUUUAAUCAAAGUAGUUGUGGAAAACAUAACAUGUAUGGAAGAACAAGCUGCAGCUGUUGGGCUUCUAGCAGAUCUUUUGGAAAGAGAUAUCGGGCUCACACGACAGAUUCUAGAAGAAGGUGUGUUUGAAAUGGUGAUUUCAAGAAUCAGAAUGGUUCAUCAAGAAGAUCCUAGAGGAAACCGUUUUGUAGCACCAUAUUUAGAAGGGCUCGUGCGUGUCCUCUCGAUGUUAACAUUUAUGUUACCCGAUGAGCUGAAAGUUGUUUCUUUAUGUCGUGAUCAUGAUCUUGUGGGGUUAUUUGUUGAUCUUCUUCAGGUCAACGGGCUUGACAAUGUGCAAUUGGUUUCAGCUUUUGGGCUUCUAGCUGAUCUUUUGGAAAGAGAUAUCGGAUUCACACGACAAGUGCUAGAAGAAGGCGCGUUUGAAAUGGUGAUUACCAGAAUCAGAAAGGUUCAUCAAGAAGAUCCUAGAGGAAGCCGUUUUGUAACACCGUAUUUAGAAGGGCUCACACGUGUCCUUUCAAGGUUAACAUUCAUGUUACCUGAUGAACCGAAAGCUGUUUCUUUAUGUCGUGAGCAUGAUCUUGCAGGGUUAUUUGUUGACCUUCUUCAGGUCAAUGAGAUACACAAUGUGCAAAUGGUUUCAGCUUUUGCUUUGGAGAAUUUAUCUCGACAAUCCAAAAUCCUAAGCAAACUCCCUGAAACACCAAUCUUUCACUAUUUCAGCAAACAAACAGUGUUGAGUACUGCAUUGUGUAGGGUUCACCUUGGGGUGUGUUCACAAAGGGAUACUUUCUGUCUAUUACAAGGAUCAGCUUUGCCAAGACUUGUGGCACUCUUAGAUCACACAAAUGAGAAAGUAACUGAAGCAUCAUUAGCUGCAUUGUCAACUUUACUAGAUGAUGGGGUCAAUAUAGAAGGAGGGGUGGCUGUCUUACGUGAGGUGGAAGGAAUCAAACCGAUUAUGGAUGUUUUGCUUGAAAAACAAACAGAUAAUUUAUGGAGAAGAGCUGUUUGGGUGGUGGAAAGACUUUUACGGAUAGAAGAUAUAGCGUAUGAAGUUUCGGGUGAUCUUAAUGUUAGCACAGCACUUGUACAUGCGUUCCAACAUGGUGACUAUCAAACACGCCAAACUGCAGAACGUGCCCUGAAACAUGUUGACAAGAUACCAAAUUUCUCGAAUUUAUUUCUUCAUCUUCUUAACACACCAAAUCUACAAGGCUACAGAUAAUCCAUGGAGAAGACUUAUAGUAUUUGACACCAAAUGAUUUUUAAAUAAUAGCUACCGGUUGUAAUAAGUUUUCAUGUGUUUAACAUAUAGGUUAAUUGCUUAUUUAUGCAACAACGUUUCACCUUUUUCCAAUUUAUGCAACAAUGUUGUUUUUUAAUGGACAAAAUCCUGCAACGAGUUAAUCUGAAACCUUCUUAACCAGUUUA